AUGGGAUGGUCCAGUGAUUAUGGCCUGGAAAUCACCUGCUCUGACUCUGUCAGACUGGUGAACGGGCCUGAUCUGUGUUCAGGCAGACUGGAGGUGAAGUCUGACCAGUGGUGGUCCCCAGUGUGUGAGGAGGACUUGGACCUGCAGGGUGCUCAGGUGGUCUGUAGGGAGCUGGGCUGUGGGGCUCCUUCAGUCUUCAAGGGGGGAAUGUUUGGAGAAGUGGAGGCUCCAUUCUGGACUAAGAAGUUCCAGUGUGAAGGCCACGAGUCUGCUCUCCUGAACUGUCCAAACUCAGGGUUGACUGGAAACACCUGUCCACCUGGUAGAGCUGUUGGGCUCACCUGCUCAGACCUUGAUGAUGAAGUCCGGUUGGUGGGAGGAUCCAGCAACUGCUCUGGUAGAUUAGAGUGGAAACACCAUGGACAGUGGAGACCAGGGGAUCCUUAUCAUGGUUCCUGGACUCUAAAUGAUACAGCUGUGAUUUGUAGAAGACUCGACUGUGGCUCUGCUGUUUUGGCUAGAUGGAUAGUGGUAUCCUCUCUCCAAUCUGUGUGGUGGAUCAACCCUGAUUGUUUGCAGUUUAAAUCAACAUUAAAGGAAUGUGUGAGAACAAAGGAAUAUCUCACUCCAUCUGUCCUGGAAAUCACCUGCUCAGACUCUGUCAGACUGGUGAACGGGCCUGAUCUGUGUUCAGGCAGACUGGAGGUGAAGUCUGACCAGCAGUGGUCCCCAGUUUGUGAAGAGGACUUGGACCUGCAGGGUGCUCAGGUGGUCUGUAGGGAGCUGGGCUGUGGGGCUCCUUCAGUCUUCAAGGGGGCAAUGUUUGGAGAAGUGGAGGCUCCAUUCUGGACUAAGAAGUUCCAGUGUGAAGGCCACGAGUCUGCUCUCCUGAACUGUCCAAACUCAGGGUUGACUGGAAACACCUGUCCACCUGGUAGAGCUGUUGGGCUCACCUGCUCAGACCCUGAUGAUGAAGUCCGGUUGGUGGGAGGAUCCAGCAACUGCUCUGGUAGAUUAGAGUGGAAACACCAUGGAGAGUGGAGACCAGUGAAUCCUUAUCACAUUUCCUGGACUCUAAAGGAUACAGCUGUGAUUUGUAGAAGACUGGACUGUGGCUCUGCUGUUUCAACUAGACUGAUAGAGGAAUCCUCUGACAGAUCUGUAUGGGUGAUCAAAACUGAUUGUUUGCAGUUUAAAUCUACAUUAAAGGACUGUGUGAGAAUAGAGGAUUGGUCCAUUAAGUCUGGCCUGGAAAUCACCUGCUCAGACUCUGUCAGACUGGUGAACGAGACUGAUCUGUGUUCAGGCAGACUGGAGGUGAAGUCUGACCAGAUUUGGUCCCCAGUGUGUGAGGAGGACUUGGACCUGCAGGGUGCUCAGGUGGUCUGUAGAGAGAUUGGCUGUGGGGCUCCCGUAGUUAUCCAGGGGACAAUGUUUGGAGGAGUGGAGGCUCCAUUCUGGACCAGAGACUUCCAGUGUAAAGGGAAUGAGUCUACUGUCCUGGACUGUGGAGGAUCUGGUUCAGGUGGAAACACCUGCUCACCUGGUAAAGCUAUCCAGAUUAUAUCAGGUUUGUGGGAGAGCCCAGCUGGUGUGCAGGAACACUGGAGAUGA